UCAAUUCCUUGACGCUACAAAAUUAAAAAAAUCAAAUCAAAAGAAAACAGCUUUCUCUAAGCUGUACAAAACCGAACACCCCUUCACGCGAUUGCCCUCUUUCACUCCCCCCUCCCCUGAAAUACUCUUUAUAAACAUACAAAAAAACCAGAUCCUUUUGUUUCUCCUCUCACAAAACCUCAAAGAAAUGUUGUCUUUAACCUUAAAUCUCCUGUUUUUCUUCAUCUUUGCAACAAUACCCUUCGCCAACUCCCAAACACCAACACCAGAAGCACCAGCUCCAGCAUCCAGUACUUGCAAUGGCAUCUUCUUAUCAUACCAGUAUAAUGGGGGAUCACAGAUAAAACCAACUGACCCCACACUCCAACCUUACAGAUUUAAAUCGACGCUAACUGUGCAAAACAACGGCCGUGAUGAACUUAAAUCAUGGAAGGUUUUUGUGGGUUUUCAAAAUGAUGAGCUUUUAGUUUCUGCUUCUAAUGCUGUUCUCGCCGAUGGUACUACCUUGCCUGCUGCUGUUGGGAAUGGUACUGUUUUCGCUGGUUUCCCAAUGACUGAUUUGAAAACUGCUAUUGAGACUGCUGGCGAUGACACUCAAACUAGUGUCCAGGUUCAGUUUUUAGGGACUCAGUUUGGAGUUCCUUUGAAGGAUGUGCCUUGGCCUUCUAAUAUUUCUCUUACUAAUGAUGGCUUUGUUUGCCCUGCCACUGCUAAAGAAGGAAGUGUCAUGUUUGUUUGCUGCACUAGAGACUCAAAAUUUAAAACGAACAUCACUUUAGAUGAAGAGUUCUUGCCCCGCCAGAAUGGAGAUCUUACAAUCAUGUAUGACGUGAUCAGAACAUACGACUCGAGUUAUUGGGCACAGGUUUCUAUUGCAAACCAUAAUCCUCUUGGUCGACUUGAUAACUGGAAAUUGAGCUGGGACUGGAUGAAGGAUGAAUUUAUCUAUUCCAUGAAAGGGGCUUAUCCUUACAUUCUUGAUUCAACUGACUGCAUAUAUGGUCCUCAAGGUAAAUACUACGAAAAGCUAGACUUUUCCGAUGUAUUAAACUGUGAGAGAAGGCCAACGAUAGUUGAUUUGCCUCCAACAAAGGCUAAUGACACAACCCUUGGAUUGAUCCCUUUUUGUUGCCGAAAUGGUACUAUCUUGCCACCAUCCAUGGAUCCAAGCAAGUCGACUUCAGCUUUCCAGCUUCAGGUUUUUAAAAUGCCUCCAGAUCUCAAUCGCUCUCAGAUCUCACCACCACAGAACUGGAAGAUCAAUGGCACACUUAACCCUGAUUAUCAAUGUGGACCUCCAGUUAGGGUGAGCCCUAGCCAAUUCCCUGAUCCAUCUGGCUUACCAGCAAAUAAAACUGCAGUUGCCAGCUGGCAGGUGGUGUGUAAUAUCACCCAUCCCAAGGGAGUAAGCCCUAGAUGUUGUGUUUCAUUUUCUGCUUACUACAAUGAUUCUGUUAUCCCUUGCAACACUUGUGCUUGUGGGUGCCCUAGUAAUACUGCCCGUACUUGUAGUGCUACUGCUCCAGCUGUUCUUCUUCCACCACAGGCACUUCUCGUUCCUUAUGAGAAUCGGACUGCCAUGUCUGUAGCUUGGUCUGCUCUCAAACAUCGGGCUGUGCCAAACCCAUUUCCUUGUGCAGAUAAUUGUGGAGUUAGUAUCAACUGGCACUUGUUUACUGAUUAUAACCGUGGAUGGAGUGCAAGAAUCACACUCUUCAAUUGGCAAGAAACUUCAUUCCCUGAUUGGUUUGCUGCAGUGCAAUUGGACAAAGCUGCUGCUGGUUUUGAAGCUAUGUACUCAUUCAAUGGAAGCAUGUUGGAGAUGGAUGGUGUCAACAACACCAUAUUAAUGGAGGGACUUCCAGGGUUGAACUAUCUUGUGGCAGAGACUGAUGGAGCCAACCCACAAAAGGAUCCCAGGGUUCCUGGAAAACAACAGACAGUGAUCUCAUUCACUAAGAAAAAUAUACCAGGAGUAAAUAUUGCUGCUGGAGAUGGGUUUCCUACAAAAGUGUUCUUCAAUGGGGAAGAGUGCUCACUCCCUUCGAUAUACCCAACAAGCAACAGCAAUGGAAAGGGAUCGACCAUGAUAUUAUCAAUUCUCCUGGCAGCUGUGGUGGUGUUGUUGAUACAGCAAUAGUUGUCAUAUGUGAGAUUGCUUGAUUUUGUAGCGGCUUCUGAUUCUUUUCAUUCUUUCAUUGCUUUGAUGGAUGCAUGCUUGACCAGGAGCUUUGACAUUUACCAGAAUCACUAGAAGAUAUGCUUGCAGAGCUUGGUACAUAAAGGGCAGGUGUUGAUUUCAUUGUAUCUGGUUGGUGUUAUAUACGACUCCAUGACAUCAAUUUUAUAAUGCUAAUGUACAAUUCGAUUAUAUAUCUAGUUCUUAUUGAACA